AUGCUGCCCCUUGUCCUUGGUGUUGGUUUUGGCUUCAUCGUACUGAGGAGCUUCUACCGUCUGUUCUUUCACCCUCUCUCCCAUAUUCCAGGCCCCAAGCUGGCAGCCAUCAGCCACGCAUAUGAGUUCUACCACGAUGCGAUACGUAAGGGAAUGUACAUUUGGGAGAUUGAGAAGAUGCAUGAGAAAUACGGCCCAAUUGUGAGAAUUAAUCCCCGCGAGAUCCACAUUAAGGAUUCGUAUUUCUACGAUGAAGUGUACGCUCCAGCCUCAAGAAGGCGGGAAAAGGACCCCCAUUUUGUCGGUGUAUUUGGGUUCCCAACCUCAAUGAUUGCAACCGUCAGCCAUGAGCUUCAUCGCGUUCGCCGAGGAAUACUCAACAAUUUCUUCUCUAAGAAAUCCGUCCUGGCACUCUCAUCCGUCAUGCACGAGAAGGAGGCAAAACUCAUACAACGCCUAGAGAAGGCACAUUAUGACGAUGCUGUAGUACGACUAGACGAUGCUUAUGCUGCGUUGACAGCAGAUAUCAUCUCGCAGUACUCAUGGGGUGUGAGCUCUGGAUUUCUGGAUGAUGAGAAUUUUAAAAAUGACAUCCGUGAAGCUCUCAAUGAGGUUUCCGAAUUCGUCCACAUCAAUAGGUUCUUCCCCAUCCUGAGCGCCAUCAUGCGAGUUAUGCCGCGCUGGCUUCUGGCUCAGAUUCGACCAGGUGCCACGGCAGUGCUGGACAUGCAAGAUAUGGUCACACGAUCCAGUGCCCAUAAGUCUGGCGAUGGCAGGCAGACCAUAUUUGACGCGCUGACGGAUGACAGUGUCCCGCCUCAAGAGAAGUCUGCUCGUCGCCUGGAAGAUGAAGGAUUUAUUUUGGUUGUUGCGGGCACCGAAACCACGGCGAGAACGUUAACGUUGGCCUCAUACUACAUUUUUCAAAACAAACCUUUGUUGCAGAAACUUCGCGAUGAGAUUCGAACGGCAAUGCCGAAUCUGACCUCGGAGGCAUCAUGGUCAGAGCUAGAGCAACUUCCUUACCUAAACGGCGUUGUCCUUGAGUCGGUUCGACUCUCCUAUGGCCCCAUCUUUCGAUCAACUCGGGUUGCACCUACAGAAUCUUUGAAGUACAAGGAUCUGGUAAUUCCACCAGGAUCACCAGUCAGCAUGUCUGGUUACUUUGUUCAUAUGGAUCCCCACAUCUUCCCUGAGCCAGAAAGCUUCAAGCCAGAGCGCUGGAUCGAAGCUGCCAAAAACGGCGAACAUCUGAACAAAUUUAUCGUAUCCUUCAGCAGGGGAAGUCGAAUUUGCCUUGGUAUGAACUUGGCUUACGCGGAGUUAUUCAUGACAUUAGCCUCUAUGAUUCGCCGUUUCGACAUAGAACUUUAUGAAACCGGGCCAGAUAAUAUUCGUAUUGACCAUGAGAUGGGGAUCGGGCAGCCCAAGGAAGGUGAAUUUUCAGUUCGUGCUAAAAUCACCAAUGUUAUUACGGAGUAG